GCCCGCCGAGCCCGCCGCCUCGCACCUCGCCGCCGCCAUGGGCUCCUGAGGUGGGCUCCUCACGUCCUCCCAGGGUCUCUCUCGGGGACCCCUUCCUGCUGCCAGGCACCAUGACAGUGAGGGGGGCCGCACUGGCCCCCGACCCGGCGGCGUCCACGACCGCAGCCGCUUCACCCGGCGUCUCCACAAUCCCCGAGGGCCGCCCCACGGCCAUGGAGCAGCCCGUGUUCCUGAUGACGACUGCCGCCCAGGCCGUCUCCGGCUUCUUCGUGUGGACGGCGCUGCUCAUCACCUGCCACCAGAUCUACAUGCACCUGCGCUGCUACAGCUGCCCCAACGAGCAGCGCUACAUCGUGCGCAUCCUCUUCAUCGUGCCCAUCUACGCCUUCGACUCCUGGCUCAGCCUCCUCUUCUUCACCAACGACCAGUACUACGUGUACUUCGGCACCGUGCGCGACUGCUACGAGGCCUUGGUCAUCUACAAUUUCCUGAGCCUGUGCUAUGAAUACCUCGGGGGAGAAAGUUCCAUCAUGUCGGAGAUCAGAGGGAAGCCCAUCGAGUCCAGCUGCAUGUACGGCACCUGCUGCCUCUGGGGAAAAACUUACUCCAUCGGAUUCCUGCGGUUCUGCAAGCAGGCCACCCUGCAGUUCUGUGUGGUGAAGCCUCUCAUGGCCGUCAGCACCGUGGUCCUCCAGGCCUUCGGCAAGUACCGGGACGGGGACUUUGACGUCACCAGCGGCUACCUCUACGUGACCAUCAUCUACAACAUCUCCGUCAGCCUGGCCCUCUACGCGCUCUUCCUCUUCUACUUCGCCACCCGGGAGCUGCUGAGCCCCUACAGCCCCGUCCUCAAGUUCUUCAUGGUCAAGUCUGUCAUCUUCCUCUCCUUCUGGCAAGGCAUGCUGCUGGCCAUCCUGGAGAAGUGCGGGGCCAUCCCCAAGAUCCACUCGGCCCGCGUGUCGGUGGGCGAGGGCACCGUGGCCGCCGGCUACCAGGACUUCAUCAUCUGCGUGGAGAUGUUCUUCGCGGCCCUGGCCCUGCGCCACGCCUUCACCUACAAGGUCUACGCUGACAAGAGGCUGGACGCUCAAGGCCGCUGCGCCCCCAUGAAGAGCAUCUCCAGCAGCCUCAAGGAGACCAUGAACCCGCACGACAUCGUGCAGGACGCCAUCCACAACUUCUCGCCCGCCUACCAGCAGUACACGCAGCAGUCCACGCUGGAGCCCGGGCCCACCUGGCGUGGCGGCGCCCACGGCCUCUCCCGCUCCCACAGCCUGAGCGGCGCCCGUGACAAUGAGAAGACGCUCCUGCUCAGCUCCGAUGACGAGUUCUAGCGCGGGCGGCUCGGCCGGGGCCCGGGGGCGGCCGGCACGGCUUGGGCCUGGCCUUUAUUUAUUGGACCAGAAACUCACAUAUCGCUUCCUGAGGAGCAGCCAGACGCCGGGUGCCCCGAGAACAGGCUACGCUCGCCCAGGCCAGGGGCAGAGGACACGGGCCUCCGCUCUUGUGGGGGCCUCGCGGGACUGGGCCAGAUGCGCUCGGGGACCAGCGGCUGUGGCCUUCCACCCUCCCCCUGCCCAGAUUCCUGCUGAGGUCGGCAGGCCCAGCCCACCCCUCGCACCGUGCAAUACCCUGGCCUGGGGCUUCCAGGCCUGCUCCCGUCUCCCGCUCCCCUCUGUCUGAUGCUAGAUUCGCCUUGCCCCGGGCAGGAGGAGGGCACGUGGACACCAUGGGCCCCUCCUGGCCCAGCCUGCCUGGCAUGCUGCAAGGGUGCAAGCCAGACACCACGUGCCACCGCCCCACCCGGGCAGGGUGCUCAGGAAGAGCCCUGCUGGGUGGCCUGACGUGGCCGCACCCUGCCCGCGGCUUGCUGACAUGGGGUCCUUCCUCUUGAUGGGUGUGGAGCCCUUGCUUCCGGCUGCCCCGGGCCGGCCUCCCAGCCCUCUUCCUGGUGGAGCAGGAGUCUCUGCCGGUCCCGCUCUCCCUGGCGCUUCUCCCUCCGGUUUCAGGGGACAGGUCUGAGUCUCCACGUUUCAGGCCAGUUUCCGGGGUGAGGGUGGGAGGGAGUCCAUGCAGGGGCGCUGGGAGGUGGGAGGAGAUGUCCCCAACUCCUCUCCCGGGUUCCUGUCUGCACAGGGCCUGGCGCUCUGCCUCAUGUGGCCCCCGGCCAUCUCUUCUGUGCCUUAGUCACCUAUGAACGCUCGCUGUCCGCCCCAGUCUGCUCUGGGGGCAUCCCUGCUGCUGGCACUCAGAGGACCCUGCAGUGCCGGGCCAGGCACCCUUGGACGGGCCUCACCCCCUCCCUACCCCCCUCUAUCCCCAGACCCCUGGCGCUUCCCUGGGCCACGGCCCUCAGGCAGGCCCGGCCUAGAUGGGCCCCUUGUAGGAGGAGCCUCACGCCGCCACGCAGGCUCGCAGGCUCACGUGGGCACAGUGCGCUGGCAUUUGACACCUGGAGAGCACUGGGUUCGGGCUGCAGCCGGCUCUCCAAGUAGGGAGGGUGAGGAGGGCCCCUGCCCUGUGGCUUCCACAAGGAAUCUUCUGUCACUCCCAGAAUGGGAGGGCCAGGGG